UCUAGCGCUUUCUUCUUUAAUUUUCUUGCAUUCAGAACAAUUGUCCAGGAUUCCAAGAACGAUGCAGCAAUUUGGUUCCACGCGGCUAUGUGUAGAUUUAUGGAUCCUACUGUAUCUUUAUGCGGUACGCAUGCAACCGGCCACCGCGCGCAUAAUGAGCGCCGGAGCGGGGUAUGUGGGAUCUGGCUACAAUUUGCUGCUCGGGAAUCCCGAUGGCUCACACAUGACCAGCGGUGGGCCGGACUCUGGUCUAUUGCCAACAAAAAUUAUUCUGCAGAAAACCCUGUCGACUGGUUAUUGUCCGGAUGAAGCCAUUUGUACCGAAGUGGCAUCUGAUGUGUCCGACGACCAAUACGCUCUCGUAACAGACUUGGAACAGUUCCAGAAAUUGUAUUCCACAGCUUGGGAUUAUGACACCGAGGAGCCGUUGCUACCCAUUGAAAGUGUCUACGCCGGCAUGGAAAGCCCACAGACCAAAGAAGCCCGUGACGUCAUCGAAAAAACCGGUGAUAUUAUUCUAGAUAAACGCAAGCUGACAGUGAUGUCGGAGUUUCGGUUUAACUACAAAGAAAAUCGACGCCUAACAACGGAAUUUGUCACCGAGCUUUGCGAUCUUCCAUUGAUAUACAAGUUCGAAGUCUACCGCCGUUUCAUUGCGUCAUGGGGAAGCCAUGUGAUGGUGGCCGCGAAACUGGGCCGGUUGGAUAUUGUCCGCUAUAAAAUCCCUUUCAACAUCCUCAAUAAUCUCAUGCUACGUGUUCCCAUCCUGACGAAAAUGUCCAAAAUGGACAUCGCUCUAUCGACACUUUCCUACAACUCCUCGGACUUCCAAGAUAUUCUUACCAUUCAAACGCUGAUCGAUUUACUGGUGAAAACCAGCGAGUUAGACAGUGUAAUCACUAAGUGGAAAUUUUCCACCGGCUCCGACGCGGUUCCGGCUCCCAUCCACAUGAAUUUGCGCCGAUUGGACUAUUUCAUUGCCAGGGAUUACGCAGAAGGUCCCGCAUCGGAGAAAUGCCCUCAAUUGCUGCUGCCCGAAGUGCUCAAUAUGGUACAAGCGAACGUCCGACGGGCGAUUUGUGAUUAUCCCAUUUAUACAGCGGCGGCCGUCGCUUAUCCAUUCACACGUACCUUUAAAUUGGCCUGGCCGAAAGGCACAUACGCUCUCAUUAAAAACCAAAACUGUCCGGAAACCGGGCCGAGCCAUGUGUGGUACGGUCCCGGGACGUUAGUUCUGCCGGACGCGCUGCAAGUUUACACAUUAUCCCUUUCACCAACGGAAUUCGACAUGGAUUUAAAUCCCAACGGCGAAUUAACGUUGCGCUUCUGUGUUAAGUUGGCGGACACCACGGAGGGCAGCUACGAGUGGCCGGCCGGUUCAUACUGUGUGUUCAAGAAGCGCCGCUGUCCGACGGGUUUCACGGAGGGCGCCAUAACGACAGUAUAUGCGCGGGUCACGCUAGCCAAUGACGCGCUCCCAGAUGGGAAUUUCGAUGGUUCAUCUCAUUCGCUGGAGUUUUGCUGCCGCAAUGAUCGGGCCGUCGAUCAAGCCAUCAUUCUGCCGACCGCCGCACCGUUUACCUUGCUGUCUACCGGUGCGCAGUGUCAAAAGGUACAGGGAAUGCAAUCUGCGCUUAGGAUUCAGUCAUUGCGGAAGGGUGUACUGUCCGGGAAUUUUCCCUUUAUCACAUCGACGGAUCGGCAGACCAUGAAUCUCCAUUUUUGUUAUUAUACGCCUUGGACUCGGGAACCAGUAUGAAUUUCUUAUGUGACCUUUACUGACUUUAGGCGCUUGCGCCCGCCACGGCGGUACAUUGAAAUAGCAACCGACCAGAUCUGAACUCUGUAACGGUUAAUACUUAUUCGUUACCAUAUGAAAAUAAAUACAAAUAGCAACACAA